AUGUCUCGGUUCAGGUCUGGGAAUGAUUCUCAAAUGACUGCAACUGUUGAUGAUCAUGACCAUGAUGAAGAGGAUUAUCCUCAAAAGGGGCUUGUUGCGCCGAGGUAUAUGGGGACGAUUGCGGAUAAAAAGGAUAUGAAUGCGUUGGGGAGAGUCCAGGUUCUGCGAAGGAAUUUUCGAUUUAUCUCGAUUGUUGGGUUUGGAUGCACAUUGAUUUGUACUUGGGAGGUUAUUUUGACAUUGCUAUCAGCUGGAUUAACUGACGGUGGGACGGCGGGGUUAGUUUGGGGAUUUGUCGGAGUCUCGUUGGGGUUCACUCUAGUUUAUGCCAGUAUAGCCGAAAUGGCGUCGAUGGCUCCCACAGCUGGUGGACAGUACCAUUGGGUGUCAGAGUUUGCUCCGAAAAAAGGACAGAAAUUCCUCAGCUACAUCACAGGAUGGCUCUCUGCAAUGGGUUGGCAAUGUGCCAUCGUCUCCAUUGCUUACCUGGCCGGGACAAUCAUACAGGGUCUAAUCGUGUUAAACCGGCCAGACUAUGACUUCCAGCGCUGGCAUGGAACUAUGUUAGUCAUUGCCAUUUCGACCUUUUCCAUCAUUUUCAACACUUUCUUGGCAAAGAACCUGCCGUUUGUGGAAGGGCUGAUUUUGAUCGUUCAUGUCGUUGGACUAUUUGCGAUUAUUAUUCCUUUGUGGGUGCUGGCGCCGAGGAAUAAUGUCCAUGCUGUUUUCACUAACUUUAACAAUGGUGGUGGUUGGGAUAAUGCUGGGACGGCAACGAUGGUCGGCCUCUCCACAACCAUCACGUCCAUGCUGGGCUAUGACUGCUCCGUCCACAUGUCGGAGGAGAUCAAAGAUGCUUCGGAGACGCUACCCAAGGCCAUGAUGUCUUCAGUGGCGGUCAACGGAGUAUUGGGAUUCAUUAUGCUAGUGACGCUAUGUUUUACCCUUGGCGAGGUCGAGACUGUGCUAGAAAGCGCGACUGGAUUCCCAUUUAUUCAAAUCUUCUACAAUACGACGGGCAGCUUAGCAGCCACCAACGCCAUGACAGCCGUGCUGAUAGUAACCCUAACGGCCAGCACCAUCACCGAAGUCGCGACCGCAUCACGACAGCUAUGGUCUUUUGCUCGGGAUGAAGGUGUCCCAUUCUCGUCUUUCUUCGCCUACGUAACACCGGGAUGGAACAUCCCACUCAACUCCGUGAUGGUGUCGUUAGCAGUGACCGUUCUCCUGUCGAUGAUCAACAUCGGAUCCCAGGCAGCUUUGAAUGCCAUCAUAUCUCUGACGAUCACUUCCUUGAUGUCAGCGUACAUCGUAUCGAUUGGCUGUGUGCUCCUGAAGCGACUCCGCGGAGAACCACUCCCACCUCACCGUUGGUCACUGGGCCGGUUCGGCCUGGCGGUGAAUGUCGGAGCGCUCUGUUUCCUACUCCCUCUUUUCGUUUUUGCUUUCUUUCCCCUAUCAACGCCCGUGACACGUGAGACGAUGAACUGGAGUGUGGCCAUGGGGCGGCAUCAUUUCAUUCCGCCUGUGGCCUUAGUCAAGCGGGAGGUCGGGGAGGCAUUUUAG